AUGUCUGUGUGUAAAUUUGUACCGAAUGUUUCAAGCCGUAAUUUCGGCAGAAUAAGUGCCGCGUUGAGUAGUGCAAAGUAUAGCAGAAGUUAUUUUACGUAUACUCAAGAAUUAUCUCAGCCUUUGGACAGGGUACCGGAACGUUUGAAUGCUAAACAGGCGUUUGAAAAAUGGUUGAAAUCCGGUCAAACUGUAUUCGUCCAGGGCGCGGCUGCGACUCCGGUGCCCCUUCUACACGCCAUGACAGAUGUCGGCAAAAGUGGCGGGUUGAAAGGCAUCAAAGUUGUCCAUAUGCACACGGAAAAGGAAGCCCAAUAUGUCGCCCCUGAGUGCAAAGAUAUCUUCAGAUCAGUAUCUCUGUUCAUGGCCGCUAACGUCCGCAAGUCAGUGGCGGAGGGACGAUCAGACGCCAUCCCCAUAUUCCUGCAAGACAUUCCUAAGCUAUUCCACAGGAAGAUCAUCCAGCCCGACAUUGCUGUUAUCCAGGUUUCUCCCCCUGAUGCGCAUGGUUACUGCAGCUUGGGAACCUCUGUGGACUGCGUGAGAGCGGCAUUGGUCAACUCCAAAGUCAUCAUUGCUCAAGUGAACGCACACAUGCCCCGUACGUUUGGCGACGCGAUCAUCCACAUGUCUCACAUUGACACCGCCGUGGAAGACAACACGCCGCUGCCUGAGCACGGGGGCAAGGCCGCCAGCCCUGAGGAGACAGAGAUCGGCAAGCUCAUUGGACAGAAUCUCGUUGAAGAUGGAGCUACUCUGCAGAUGGGUAUCGGAAGCAUUCCCGACGCAGUGCUGUCUGCUCUGAAGGACCACAAGGAUCUCGGCAUCCACUCCGAGAUGUUCAGCGUCGGAGUCAUCGACCUCGUCAGGCGUGGUUGCAUCACCAACAACAAGAAAAAGACUCACAGAGGCCGCAUGGUGGGCAGUUUCCUCGUCGGUAACAAGGAACUGUAUGACUUCGUUGACAACAACCCCUUCAUUGAAAUGUUGGAGAUCGACUAUGUGAACAACACCCACAUCAUUUCACUGCUGCCCAAGAUGACGGCCAUCAACUCCUGCAUUGAAGUCGACCUGACUGGACAAGUGUGCGCUGACUCCAUCGGUACACGCAUGUUCUCCGGUUUCGGUGGUCAGGUGGACUUCAUCCGCGGUGCAGCGGAGUCCGUGGACGGAAAGGGCAAGCCCAUCAUUGCUCUCGUGUCAGUCACCAAGAAGGGAGAGUCCAAGAUUGUUCCUACACUCAAAGUUGGUGCUGGUGUAGUAACGAGCCGUGCCCACGUACACUAUGUCGUCACUGAACAAGGUAUCGCAGACUUGUUCGGCAAGUCCCUCAGGCAGAGAGCAUACGAACUGAUCAAGAUCGCCCACCCCGAUCAUCGUGAAGCUUUAGAAAAGGCCGCAUUUGAGCGCCUCAAGUGCAUGCCUUCACCUUAA